AUGCCGAUACUACCUGGAAGCUGUGCCAGCAGGGCUCCGAGAAAUGCGGGCGACGAAGCUGCUGGCAGAGAUCAAGGCGGAUAUUCCAAGGGGCAACAGCACCUACUCGAUGGGCGUGUUGUUGAAGAUGAACUGGGUGCGGGCCUUGACGACGGAUCUCCCGGCGUGGCUCUGCUUCAUCGUGGCGGCGCUCAAGACUCUGUGACGACCUCAGGUGUCGAGGAGGGAAAUGCAGAUGGGCGAAAGGCGACGACGUAUGAGUCCUGUUCCUGGUGGUCCCACGGCCAUUUCUUCAUUUCCCCUUAUGAGUUAGGGUGCGAAAUUGAACCAAAAGGAGAAAAGGACAUCGAUGAGAUAGCAUUUUGGCAUGAUAGUAACCCCUCACAUCGAUCCCAAAGCCCCCCACCCUACCCACGCGCGCCCGACCAGAAUCCUACACCCUCCUACUUCUUUCAAUCCCAGGUAUCCGAAUACUCCUCCCAACCAGCAUCCCCAAAUACCUCCCCAUGGCCUUCGACAGCCCUGCCCCCUCAGCCUCCCGGGGUCGACGUGUCCCAGACAUGCGUGAAAGUGCUCAAACAGCUGUAUUGGCUCAAGGGAAAACAAUAUCAAAUCAUACAGUCACUGAGAGCGCAAUCCAUUUUAGGCCCUAUAGAUGUGAUAUCCCUACUGAUGUCGUUACAAAAUGGUAGAUAUAUUGAUAUACUAAAAUAUUCUAAGAAAACAUGCUGCUGGCCCUGCCUGGGCCUCCCAGGUUAUUAUCUUGUCAUCAGAAUCAUCACCCAAACUAUUCCCCUCCACCUGCCACUUCGGCUUCACACAAUGACGACCCUUGGCCUAUUCUCACGAUUGCCAUAUGAAGUCCGAGAGCAAAUCUGGCUGGAAUUUGCUCCAACCGGUCAAGAUAUGUGCCUUAGAUGCACACAAAAAACAGACCUUCGCAUACUCUGCACAAGCAGAGAUCUUUACGACGAGAUAUCAAGAGUACUUUAUCAGACCUCCUCCUUGGAAUUCGAUCUCUCACCUAUUCACCAACCUGGAAAGAUAUGGACCACUGUCCAUUUUAAGCAGGGACGCCAUCAGCAGAGGGUAAAUGCCAGGUGGAUCCUACACAGCUUAGCCGAUGCGCGAUCUCGUGGCUUUCACCAUCUCCCCUUCGACAGGAUCGAUAAUGUGAUCGUGAACCUCUCUGCACCAAACCCCAAGGGUGCCGGCAGACUUUUCUGGCUUUGGCAAAAGGUCACCGACCUGGUUAGCCUUUUCAAAGAAGCAGCCACCACAAUCCGAAACCUGACCAUCCGGCUCCAGAAAUGUAAUAACAAGAACGGUCAAGAUUGGCUCGAUCGAUGGGGAACAGCCAACCAGAGCAUAUUCCGCCUCUAUGACCACGAUGUGGUCGUUGUACCCUUCUGCACAUUACGGAAUCUCGAGACCAUUGAUGUCGAAACCCACUCCAAGGAGCUCGAGGACACGAUUGAUUGGAAGAUCAUGAAUUGGGCCAUGAACGCUGUCUGGGACAGAAGCUGGAAUCACUGUGUCUCGGCAGACUAUACUAAAGGCGAUGAAGAUGGAAUCGCCGAACACGAUGUGGACCGCAAGGUGGCUAGUGACUACUUCUGGAUCUACAAAGAGUUAUGGAACUACGCCGAGGGCAAUGCGGCCAACCUGGCACGGCGCAACUUUCUCAGCAGUUGGUUUGCUCAGGGGUCUAGCGGCUAUUCCAAGUUUGAACAACAAAUCCUUCGGAUUAACAGUCUCUACCCUGAUAUUAUCCAAGCCUACGAUCCUGACAUGGUUGGAUUAAGUGAGAUGCAUCUUGCACUGGUGUGUCUAUAUCACCAUGCGAGAUCAUUGCACGGCAGGAGGAAUAAUACGGAAGAACCAGAUUACUGGGACCAGGAGGUAUGGGAGUUGGCCUUUCCAUUUGGUAUUCCAAGAUCAAUGUUGGAUGAAUAUCGUGACAAGAUUGAGCCUCUACUGGACUGGGAUACUUACUUUGAUUAUGUGGAGGAGAAGGGUGGCUUUCUUUCAACCUUCAACCACGUUCUUGAAGAAUGGAAGUCCAACAGAUCAAGCCAAAAUCCAGAAGAAGAACUGCAAAACGCGGCUGUCACUGAGCAAACGGCAUGA